AUGAAGACUUUUUUGAUAUUUGUCACCGUUGGAGUGCUGGUGGGUGUUGUCCUAGCAGAUAGUGAACAUGUGAGCAUUGAGGAACCACUUAGUCGUCCGGGUGGUGGUGGCGGCGGCGGCGGUGGAGGAGGUAGUGGCGGUGGAAGCAGUGGUGGUGGUGGGGGUAGUGGUAGCACCAGACCUACACCAUCACCUCCAAUCCCAGACAACGAUGAUAGCAACGAGGAUGCAUACAAAAAUCCCUGCAAAGGCUUACUGAUCGGAAUUCUGGAGCACCCGAGCAGUUGCUUCAAGUUCAUCAGCUGCUACAAGGAAGUAGCCACCGAAGAAACCUGCCCACCGGACAAUAUCUUCGAUGUGGACGAAAUUACCUGCGUGCCUGGCAAUCAACGUACCUGUCGUAAGGAGGGCGAUGCAUACCCGUUGCCAGGAGACAUGUGCCGUGGCAUCGUGCUAGGAACACGGGUACAUCCGGAGGACUGUAACAAGUACGUCAGUUGCCUGCUGGGACGUGCUCGCGAGCGUUCCUGCCGACCUGGAUUCGUGUUUUCCGAGCGGCUGUUUGUCUGUCUCCCGGGAGAUCUGAACUCUUGCACCGUGACGCUGCUACCAACGACGACCACCAUCGCGCCGGAAAAUAUUCUCCCAGUGCCGAGUGACAUCUGCCGCCGGAACAAUGUUGCGUUUGGUGUGCUGCCGCAUCCGCAGUUUUGCACGCGGUACGUUGCCUGUACGCUGUGGAUCCCGGUGGAGCGUGAGUGUGACCGGUUCAAGGUGUUCAGUGAGCGGUUUUCCAUGUGCAUGAUCGGUGAUGUGAACCGCUGCCGCCCAAUUCUUGGACGAGAAGCCGAGCUAGAGAUGGUAUAG